AGAGCAAGAUGACCUCCGAGUACACACUGUGGACCACGGGGAGGGAAACACACACACAUCCUUCACUGAGAGUUAACUGAACUUUACGCAGCCAGUCGGUGAGCGGGGCGCAGGAGAGGACUGCCGUUUCUACCCAGUGGAAUUCACCUGAUGAAGGGAUGUUGUUUUCAGCUAACAGUGAACGAACAUUCACUUUUUUAGUGGUGUCCUUUUUCUCUCCCAGCCCAUGAGCAGAGUUGGAUGUGAGUAAACACUACAAUGUUUCACGCGGCUGUUUGUGCUCCUCUCGUGAUGGGCUGACAGAGACAGAGAGACCGAACCAAAUGGAUUAUCUUUCCUCCAAACUCCACCGGCCACCUGUAGAGUAACUAACGGGCCGGUAUGAUAGUGUCUAACGUCAGUCUGAGCUGCGGCGUGAGCUGCCCAUGGGGAGUCAGUGACGGUAAAACGGUGGUCACGCAGGGAGGAGGCUCAGGUUCUCUGAGUCCUACGGGACAUCUCGUGGUGGCAGUGUGUCUGGGGUUCAUAGGUACAUUCGGUUUCCUCAACAACCUCCUGGUGUUAACGUUAUUCUGCCGGUACCAUACGCUGCGCUCGCCCAUCAACGUCCUGCUGUUGAGUGUGUGUGUUUCGGACCUGCUGGUCUGCGUGCUCGGGACACCGUUCAGCUUCGCUGCUGCCACGCAGGGCAGGUGGCUGAUCGGUAGGGCGGGAUGCGUCUGGUAUGGCUUCAUCAACUCCUGUUUGGGUAUCGUGUCUCUGAUCUCCCUGGCAGUGCUGUCCUAUGAGCGUUGCUGUACCAUGCUGUGUCGGAUGCAGGCGGAUGGUACUGACUUCGGUACAGCGGUGGCUGGAGUGUGUUUCUCCUGGGUCUACGCCCUGGCCUGGACACUGCCCCCGCUGCUGGGCUGGAGCAGCUAUGGCCCCGAGGGACCAGGAACCACCUGUUCAGUGGACUGGAGGACCCAGACACCCAACAACAUCUCCUACAUCGUCUGUCUGUUCACCUUCUGUCUGUUACUGCCUUUCUCUGUCAUAAUGUACAGCUACGGCAAGCUGCUCAGCGCUAUCAAACAGGUGAGCAAUGUGAGCACGGCGGUAACCCGUCGUCGUGAGCAACGUGUGCUGGUGAUGGUGGUAACCAUGGUAACGUGUUACCUGUUGUGUUGGCUGCCGUACGGUGUAGCGGCCCUACUGUCGACCUUUGGCCCUCGCAACCUUUUGACCCCUGAGGUCACCAUAGUCCCCUCUCUGCUGGCCAAGACAUCUACAGUCAUCAACCCUGUUAUAUACAUCUAUAUGAACAGACAGUUCUACAGGUGUUUCAAGGCUUUGCUAAGAUGUUCUACUCCUGACCGAAGCUCCAGUUUGAAGGCGUCGUCACCGGCGACCAAAACUCUCGGGAACUGUCGCAAUGGAAACGGACACGGCGUGCCGGUUGUUUUGGCGUCAGUAGGCCCUCCCACUCCGACUGACUCGGCCAACAGUUCCUUAGUGGUAGCGGAUAACCUGCCACCAUCACCUCCCAAAAUCCCUCCCCCGGUCCAAACCACGCCCCCUCUCCAAAUCCCUCCCCGGUCCAAACCACGCCCCCUCUCCAAAUCCCUCCCCCGGUCCAAACCACGCCCGCUGCCACUCCCAAACCAAGACUGACCCUCGUAGCUCACUACAAUGGAUAGAGAGAGAAAGGCUUUGUGUUCCCAAGACAUGAUGUACGUUAGGAGUAAGAAGGAGAUAUGUCAUGGUAAGAUGGAGGUCUCUCUGAGUAGUAGUCAUUUGAAGCUGUGCAGUAGGUGGUUUUGUUCUUAUCAAUGUGAAUGAUCAGAAGUCUGACAGAUCUGUGGUGAGGAUAAAGUCCCCAGGAGUCACACACACACACUGGCACGUAUAUACACAGUAACCAGUGGAAUUAUUUGUAAAGGAAUUGUUGAUUAGAUCAAUGAUGGUGAAAUUUUUUAUUUUGAGCACAACAUUAUUUCUCUGAUGGCUCAGGUCAGGAACAUUGUUCCAGGGUAAGCUGAUCCUAGAUCUGUGGCGAUGAGCAACUUCAACCUGAAGUAGUCUCUCUAGACAGACGGUUGACUCCCACAAUGUACCAAUGUUCAAGCUUAACAUGCCUGUUUGUAUACAACAUCAGUUUGACAUAGAGGAAAGGGCCAUUCGGCUUUCUUACAAAUCUAAUCAAAUCAAAUUGUAUUUGUCACAUGCGCUGAAUACAACAGGUGUAAACCUUACAGUGAAAUGCUUUACUUACAAGCCCUUAACCAA